ACAAAGAUGACGAAGUUUCAAAACCCUUUCCUUGUAGUUGAUGGGUCCUCACCCUUAUCCGGAACCCAGAAACGUCAUGCAAUAUUCUUUAUUAUCUUACUUAGAAGAAGCAUACAAAAAAGUGAAAUAUACUAGAAUUAUCGGCUCAACAAAAGUCCACUGCUUCCUUCAAAAAUUAAAAUGUUAACAUGCAUCUUCACCUCCACGUGUCGAAAACAUGCUGGAAGAAGUGGAGGUGCAGAUGCAAGUAGUAGGUUCAUGGUGAUGAUUGUUGUGCGCGUUCUCCAAUAUAGCAGACAUGUCGGGGUCUGAGGGGCAACCCAGUAAUAUGCCUACUAAGGAGGAGAUGGUGGAGUCUCUCCGGCGCGACUUUCCACCGCGAUGGGCGAUGAAGUUAUGACGAAGUGACUUGGAGCAGAGUGAUUUCUUGUAUUCAACAAACAGGUAGGUCUAAAUUAUGACAGAGCAUUUUUUAGCUUUAAUACAACUUCCUUCUACUACUUGUACUUAGUCGUAGAAUUUGCUCGCGUACUUCCUUCUUCUAGUUCUACCUAGUAGUAAAAUUUACUCACAUGAUGAUCUCGUUUCAGAGUCCCACUGCAUUCUAAUCGUAGCAAUAAAGCACGACCCACGUUUCACGGUAGUUCGGGAGGUUCCGAUGCUGUUAUCACCCGAGGGCGUUGUGGAGCUACUGGAAAAGAUAGGCAAUGACCGGAAUCUUGGCGCGCUGAUGCUUGGUACUAGGUCUAUUAUUUCAAUCAUGAUUGCAAUCACGAGAGCGAUGUUCUUAAGUAACAUCAAGAAUGAAAGCGAGUUCGCUAAUCGCUACGUCUAGAUGACUUCCCAAGAACAAUUUCGUUUUUUCCUCCUCUGCAAUGAAUCUGCUGCUCAGCUCUACAUUUACAACAAAUGCACCACCACAGGUAACGCCGUUGCCGGUCAGCAAGAUGGGGACAGGCGGUUAAUCGUAAAUUUCACACGAAAUGCGACUGCGAUGGAUCAAGCCUUGGUAUUGGAGUGGUGCAGUUCAGAGAUAGCGUUAAGGACAGGCUUUCUUGGUGUUACCUUUCGUUCAGAAGUAGGCUUUUCUGGUCGAGAAGUAGCGUUUAGUGUUCCUGGCGUUACCGUUCGUUUUGCAUUUCUUAAGGGGGAAAUAAAGCAUAGCGAACGGGGUAAGGUAACACCAAAAGCCUACCUCUAAUAGCGCAGGAAAUGCAUGGAACUCAUAGACUCACACUGAAAAACGGUGGCUCCGUUUUGGUUGAUGUUUUUCAGUAUAAGGGACAAAAGUGCUAUUGUUGUGCUAUGGUCCGAUGAUUUAACAACUUGAACCUCUAGCUCCAGCUCCUGCUGGAAGACUUAGACAAGAACCUCCGA